AUGGCCAGCGGUACUGGUAUUGGUACUGGCAAUGGCGGAUCUGUGCUGGCGGUGGUUGCCGCGUGCGUGUGCGCGUGCCUGAUCCUCUCCGUCCCUGCCGCCGACGCGCAGCUCAAGGUCGGGUACUACGACUCCACGUGCCCGGAGGCCGAGAACCUGACCGCCACCAUCGUCCACGCCUCCGUCCGCAUGGACGCCGGCAACGGCCCCGGCCUCGUCCGCCUCUUCUUCCACGACUGCUUCGUCAGGGGCUGCGACGCGUCGGUGCUGCUGGACGACCCCACGGGCAGCCCGGGCAACCGGACGGUGGAGAAGACGGCGGCGCCCAACUUCCCCAGCCUCCGCGGCUUCGGCGUCAUCGACCGCAUCAAGCGCGUCGUGGAGCGCCGCUGCCCGGGCGUCGUCUCCUGCGCCGACAUCGUCGCCUUCGCCGCGCGCGACGCCUCCCGCAUCAUGGGCGGCAUAGUCUUCGCCAUGCCCUCCGGCCGCCUCGACGGCCGCGUCUCCAACGCCACCGAGGCGCUCGCAAACCUGCCCCCCGCCAACUUCAACCUCACCCAGCUCAUCACCCGCUUCGCGUCCAAGAACCUCACCGCCGACGAGAUGGUCACGCUCUCCGGGGCCCACUCCAUCGGCCGCUCACACUGCUCCUCCUUCUCCAGCCGCCUCUACCCGCAGAUCGACCCCACGCUCAACAACACGCUCGCCAAGGCCCUCCGCGCCGGCAAGUGCCCGGCGGCGACGGGGCGGCUGGACCGCGUCGUGCAGCUGGACGCCAAGACGCCGCUCCAGCUCGACAACCAGUACUACAAGAACAUCGGCACCCACGAGGUGCUCUUCAACUCCGACCAGGCGCUGCUAGACCAGAGCGACACGGCGGCGCUCGUCGGCCAGUACGCCGCCAACCGGAAGCUGUGGUCGCAGAAGUUCGCGGACGCCAUGGUGAAGAUGGGCUACGCCGACGUGCUCACCGGGCCGCCCGGGGAGAUCAGGAAGGUCUGCAGCAGCGUGAACUAG